AUGGCCUCCAAUAAUGAUCCUGGGAUUCUCAAAGCAGCAGAGCAAAUCUGGGGAAUGCUGGACGCAAUGGCUGCCAAAGAUCCACAAGAGUACAAAAAGUUUGUGGAGAAGCAAAUGGAGGAAGGCAAAGAGUAUUUAGCUUCUCCUGUUUUUGCUUUUUGUCUAAAAUGUCCUAAAACACGCCACAAAGGUAAAGAGUGCACACUGUAUAUUAAUGUGUGCAGUUGGAACAGAGUACCCUAUCCUCCAACUGAUAACGACCCUAUACCUGUUAAAGGUGGAACUCUACGUCAUCAUCUCAACGACAAAAGAAAAAGAACCCAAAAUUCUGAGCUCCUCUACGAAUUAGCUUUCAAUCCACGUGUAACUAAAGAAUGCUCAAAGGACUUGCUGAUGUUUGAAAUGCUUAAGAACCUUUCGUUAGAUUUCACUGAAGACACUCUGAGUGUUCAUACAAAUCGUGAGGCUGUCACUAAAUCUA